CUAUAAGGUGUCAGGAUGUGGCGGUCUAUUUCUCCAUGGAGGAGUGGGAGUAUGUAGAAGGACACAAGGAUCUGUACCAGGACAUGAUGGAGGAUCACCGGCCGCUCACAUCACAAGAAAAUCCCAGUAAGAAUUCUGAGGGAAACUUCAUGUUAUCCCUGAAUGAUAAAGGAGAAGAUGAAGAUAUGAUGGAGCGCUCCUCAGGAGAAGACCUCCUUACCCCUAAUGUCCAUCCAGAUCUAUCCUAUAAUAAUCCACCUGAUCAUGAGGAACCUUCUCCUGACCAACCACACAUUGUUACCACAAGGACAGAGCUGAAACAUGGGAAAGGUUCAUAUUGUGAGGAAUGUGGAAAAGAGUUUACAAAAAGAUCAGAACUUAUUACACACAAAAAAAGUCACACAGGAGAGAAGCUGUAUUCAUGUUCAGAAUGUGGUAAAUGUUUUGCACAAAAAUCAAAUCUUGUUAGACAUGAGAAAAUUCACACAGGAGAGAAGUCAUAUUCAUGUUCAGAAUGCGGGACAUGUUUUAUAAGUAAUUCAGAUCUUGUUACACACAGAAAAAGUCACACAGGAGAUAAGCCAUAUUCAUGUUCAGAAAGUAAAAACAUUUUUAAAAGUAAAUCACAUCUUGUUAUACAUGAGAGAAUUCAUACAGGAGAGAAUCCAUAUUCAUGCUCAGAAUGUAGUAAAUGUUUUGCAAAAAAUCAAAUCUUGUUACACAUGAGAGAAGGCACACAGGAGAGAAGCCAUAUUCAUGUUCAGAAUGUGGAAAAUGUUUUAUAAGUAAAGCAGAGCUUAUUAUACAUGAGAUAAUUCACACAGGAGAGAAGCCUUAUUCAUGAUCCGAAUGUAUGAAAUGUUUUAUUAAUAAUUCAGAUCUUGUUAAACAUGUGAGAACUCACACAGGAGAGAAGCCAUAUUCAUGUUCAGAAUGUGAAAAAUGUUUUACAAGUAAACCAGCGCUUGUUAUACAUGAGAGAAAUCACACAGGAGAGAAGCCAUAUUCAUGUUCAGAAUGUGUGAAAUGUUAUAUUAGUAAAUCAAGUCUUGUUAAACAUGAGAGAACUCACACAGGAGAGAAGCCAUAUUCCUGUUCAGAAUGUGGCAAAAGCUUUAAAAAAAAAUAAAAAUCUAGUCUUGUUACACAUGAGAAAUCACACAGGAGAGAAGCAGUAUUCAUGCUUAGAAUAUGGUAAAUGUUUUCCACAAAAAUCUAAUCUUGUUAUACAUGAGAGAAUUCACACAGGAGAGAAGCCAUAUUCAUGUUCAGAAAGUGGAAAAUGUUUUAAAAGUAAACCAGAGCUUGUUAUACAUGAGAGAACUCACAAAGGAGAGAAGCCAUAUUCAUGUUCAGAAUGUGGAAAAUGUUGUAAAAGUAAACCAGAGCUUGUUAUACAUGAGAAAAAUCACAAAGGAGAGAAGCCAUAUUCAUGUUCAGAAUGUGUGAAUUGUUUUAUUAGUAAAUCACAUCUUGUUAGACAUGAGAGAACUCACACAGGAGAGAAGCCGUAUUCAUGUUCAGAAUGUGGGAAAUGUUUUAUAAAUAAAUCACAAGUUUCUAGACAUGAGAGAAUUCACACGAGAGACGGAUAGAUGAAAUAAUAAAUUAUAAAAAUAUAAUAAUAUGGAGAAUGGAAAUCUGAGAUCUCAGGUAACAGUAAAAUGUGAUGUUUCUAAGUUCUGUUAUGAGAAUUAACCCUUGAAUAAACUUCAUAA